GAUCCCAUUUAUCAGAAGAGAGUGGAGAUUGUCUGUCAUGCACAUAUGGUGUGGACUACACUGCUUAUUCCAACACCCUCCCUUCCUGCGUACUCUGCAUGGUUUGUAAAUCAGAUGAAGAGGAGAAAAGUCCCUGCACCACGACCAGAGACACAGUGUGCCAAUGCAAGCCUGGCACUUUCCGAGGAAAAGAUUCCCCUGAGAUGUGCCAGAAGUGCAGCACUAGGUGCCCCAAUGGGAUGGUCAAGAAGAGUCCCUGUACCUCCUUGAGAGACCUUGAGUGCGUCCCCGAAGAAUCAGGGAAUAAAAACAGAUUCAACUGGAUCACAGUCCCAGCCUUAUUAACGUUUGUGGCCUUGGUUGUUGGGAUGAUUUUACAAGGGAAGAAAAUAUUUCCUUACCUGAAAAACAUCUGUGCAGGUUCUGUCUUGUGGGACAAUGCCCACAAGAUCCUGAGCAGCACAUACUCACCAUCCAUCUCAGUCUCUGAGCAGGAGAUAGAAGGCCAGGAGCCAGCAGAACUGGAAGAUGUCACUGUACUAUCCCCAGGGGAGGCCAAGCAUCAGCUGGAACCUGCAGAAGCUGAAGGGUCUGAGACGAGCAGGAGGCUGCUGGAUCCAGCCAAUGGUGCCGACUCCAUUGAGAGUCUGAGGCUGUGCUUCCAUAGCUUUCCAGACAUCGUGCCCUUUAAAUCCUGGAACCCGCUCAUGCGGCUGGUGGGCCUCACCGAAAAUGAGAUCCAUGUGGCCAGAGCUCGUGCUGCAGACCCACAGGACGCCUUGUAUGAAAUGCUGGUGACGUGGGUCAACAAAACAGGACGGGGCGCCUCUGUCAACACCCUGCUGGAUGCCUUGGAGACGAUGGGAGAAAGACAUGCAAGGGAGACCAUUGAGGACCAGCUGGUGGGCUCCACAAGGUUCAUCUAUCGAGAAAGUGGAGCAGGCUCUGCUGCGACCUGAGUGUGAAGGAAUCUCU